GGCCUUGCUGGUUUUCCAGCGGGUGGGCUGCGGAGGAGGAGGAGGAGGAAGAAGAGGAGGAGGAGGAGGAAGGAGGGUGAAGAUGGUGGAGAGGAGGCAGGAGCGCGCGCGGCAGGGCAAGAGCGCGCGCCCCUUCCCGGGCUCCCUUUUCUAACCUCCGCCUUCAUCCGGAUCCCCCUUUCGACGCGCAGGUUCCCUGGAGGAAGGAAAAAGGAAGACACAACACACAAAAUGUCAAUAGAAUAAGUGAAGCACCCUUUACUACCUGCCAUGAACCACUUUGAGGGGCCACCAGAAGGAGAGGGCAAUGAUGAACUAGGAAAUAGAGAGGUCAAUGAGUCUAUAGAGGCUGAUCUGGAGCAUUCUGAGGCAGAGGAGGAACAACAACAGUAUGCUGUUUACCCAAGAUGUGCCAAUGGUGGCCAUGGAGGACACUCUAGACAGGAAGAAGAGGGCAUGCUAGCACGAUCGGCUAGCACUGAGAGUGGAUUCCAUAAUCACACUGAUACUGCAGAGGGAGAUGUCAUAGCCACAGCAGGAGAUAACUACGAAGGAGAUCGAGUACUAGAAAAUGAGGAUGAGAGUGCCUAUGCUGUACAGUACAGACCUGAGGCAGAGGAGUACACUGAAAAUGCUGAGGCAGAACAUGCGGAGACACUUCAUAACCGAACUCUCCCCAACCACUUGCACUUUCAUUCCAUUGAGCAUGAGGAAGCCAUGAAUGCAGCAUAUUCGGGUUACGUGUACACCCACCGACUCUUCCACCGGGGGGAAGAUGAGCAGUAUGCGGAGCCCUAUGCUGACUAUGGGCUGCAGGAACAUGUUUAUGAGGAGAUAGGAGACACACCUGACCUUGAUGUCAGGGAAGGUCUGAGACUCUAUGAGCAAGAGAGGGAAGAGGCUGACAACUACCGAAAGGAAGCUCUAGGUGCACGCCUCCACCAUUACGAUGAGCGCUCUGAUGGAGAGUCCGACAGCCCCGAGAAAGAGGCAGAGUUUGCUCCAUAUCCAAGGAUGGACAGUUACGAACAAGAGGAAGAUAUUGACCAAAUUGUGGCUGAAGUCAAACAGAGCAUGAGUUCUCAAAGCCUAGACAAAGCUGCUGAAGACAUGCCAGAAGCAGAGCAGAACGUGGACAGUAGUAAUGCUCUUGCUAAUGUGCGUCCUGAAAGCAACAGUCAACUUUCAGGAGGUUCUAAACCAUCUGUUAAUGUAGGGGAAUCAGUGCAAAGGUAUAGCAAGGAAAAAAGGGAUGCAAUAUCACUGGCUAUUAAGGACAUUAAAGAAGCUAUUGAGGAAGUGAAGACAAGGACCAUCCGUUCCCCUUACACUCCUGAUGAACCCAAAGAGCCCAUUUGGGUGAUGAGGCAAGACAUCAGCCCAACCAGGGAUGAUGAGGAUCAGAGGCCAGCAGAGGGAGAUUCUCCAUCUCCUGAUUCAUCUUCACCUCAAGGUGCUGAAUCAUCAAGUGUUCAACAUCACCAAGAUGUCUGCGGUACGGCAGAAACUCCCACCAAUAAGGAGUCAAGAAAAAGCUUGGCUUCUUUCCCAACCUAUGUUGAAGAAAAGAAAAGCAAGCAAGCAACCUGGAAUUUGGAAGCAGGAAACCAUGUGCAGAUUCCUGGACCGUGUGAUCCUGAAGAUUUAAUUGAUGGAAUCAUAUUUGCUGCCAAUUACCUUGGCUCUACUCAGCUUCUUUCGGACAAAACUCCAUCCAAGAAUGUGAGAAUGAUGCAGGCUCAGGAAGCUGUAAGCCGAAUCAAGAUGGCCCAGAAAUUAGCCAAAAGCAGAAAGAAGGCCCCUGAAGGUGAAUCUCAACCCAUGACAGAAGUCGACCUUUUCAUCUCAACACAAAGGAUAAAAGUACUGAAUGCUGACACUCAGGAGGUGAUGAAAAUUCCCUUUAAUUUGGAAAACGAAACCAUGAUGGACCAUCCUCUGAGGACCAUUUCCUACAUUGCAGACAUUGGGAAUAUAGUCGUAUUGAUGGCUCGCAGGCGAAUGCCCAGAUCUAAUUCCCAAGACAACGUAGAGGCAUCUCAUCCCUCUCAGGAUGGGAAGAGGCAGUACAAAAUGAUCUGCCAUGUCUUUGAAUCUGAGGAUGCCCAGCUAAUUGCACAGUCCAUAGGGCAGGCUUUCAGUGUGGCCUACCAGGAAUUCCUCAGGGCCAACGGGAUAAAUCCAGAAGAUCUGAGCCAGAAGGAAUACAGCGACCUGCUCAACACCCAGGACAUGUACAAUGAUGACCUGAUCCACUUCUCCAAAUCCGAAAACUGCAAAGAUGUUUUCAUUGAGAAGCAAAAAGGGGAAAUUCUGGGUGUAGUGAUUGUAGAGUCUGGAUGGGGAUCCAUCUUGCCUACAGUUAUCAUUGCCAAUAUGAUGCACGGAGGACCUGCCGAGAAAUCCGGAAAGCUGAACAUAGGAGACCAGAUCAUGUCAAUCAAUGGGACCAGUUUGGUUGGCUUACCACUUUCUACAUGCCAGAGUAUCAUAAAGGGCUUAAAGAACCUGGCCCGAGUUAAGCUGAAUAUAGUAAGAUGUCCUCCAGUCACUACUGUCCUCAUCAGAAGACCAGAUCUCAGAUACCAGUUGGGCUUCAGUGUACAGAACGGCAUUAUCUGUAGCCUUAUGAGAGGAGGGAUCGCAGAACGAGGAGGAGUACGAGUGGGGCACCGGAUUAUUGAAAUAAACGGGCAAAGUGUUGUAGCAACACCUCAUGAAAAGAUUGUUCACAUUCUCUCAAAUGCUGUUGGUGAGGCAGCUCAGGACUUAUCCACAUAUCCAAGUCAAGAGAUUCACAUGAAGACCAUGCCUGCUGCCAUGUACAGACUCUUGACUGCACAGGAACAGCCAGUUUACAUCUGAAGCUUACACAGCUGUGCAUGGACAUUUCUCUCCUCAUUAAUUGUGGUGUUUUCGUGUGCUGCGUUUUGGUGUCUGCAGCAACAUUUCUCUUGCUCUGUUUUCUUACCUUUUCUCAUUCUGCUGGGUACAAGAUGACAUUUUUGGUUGCACCUUUUUACUACUAAAGUUUAUGUAAUUGUUCACAGAACUGAAAAUAACUACAAUUUAACACACACACACACACGUGUACACACACACUUGUUUGAACAAGAUCAUCCUUUUAUGCUACUAUGUCAUUUAAGAGAAAAAACACAAGUAUGCUGAAUGAAUAUACAUUUAAAGCCUGGAUUUUUUUUACCAUAUAGGAAAAAUGAUAAAAUAACAUUCUUAUGUGAUUAACAAGAUAUUGGCAGGUUUAUCUUAUGUUGCAAGAGCUAGAAGUAGUCAAUGUAUGUAUAAAGAAGGCAAUCCGAUAGUAAUUCAUAUUUUAUGUGAACUCUGCUCCCCUAAUAUUGUUCAGCACCUAUCUUUUGGGAGAGUGUUUGUGAAAAGGGUUUGUUCAUUUCACGCAGAAAAACUUCUAGAACUAAAAAUGUCUAUGGGAGAUGUGCUUUCGGGCUUUUGCUCCUUGGGAUCUAAGUGUUUCUUUCUCUUUUCCCAAGCCCUUUGAGUGCAGCAUGAUUUUUUGCAAAUGGCUUUUCUAUUCCCUUGUUUCUUUCUAAAACUGAGUGAUGAGAAAAUUCUAAAUAUUGAAUAGAAAAAUCUGGGGGGUGGGAAAGGAAUGCAGUCAGAUCUUAACUUCAGUUUUUAAAAAUGUUGCGUGUGUAUGUGUAUGUGAGCUAAUAAGCUGUCACAUUUGAAAACUGUGUGCUUGAUAUUCAUUACUUUUUACAAGUGUGCAUACAGUUCUAGGUUGUUCUGUUGUUCUGAGCCAAUUUACUUAUAACAUAUCUUUGGUCCAAAAUUUUGUAUUUAAUUUUUUUUAAAGACAGAUUUUUUUACAUUUUGGACCACGUUAGAAUGGUGGAAGGUAUAAAUUUAAUUUAUUUUGUAAUAUACAAAUAUAUAUAUAAAUAUAUAUAUAUAAAUAUAUGUAAAGUUAUUCCCACAACGGGAUGUUAAGAGAGUAGAUUCACUUACUGCAGGUAUUUGUGCAAUGAAAGAGUAUUCCAAAACAUUUUGGUUAUGGUAUUUAAAAUCUAGGAGGUCAGUUGACUGUAAUAUUUGUAGUAAAAUUAUUUGGCAAAAACACACAAAGUAUAGGUCCUGUGGCACCUUAAACACUUAUACUUUUAUCAUGGCAUAACCUUUUGGGGUUCUGGCUCAUAAGAGAUUCUCUCACAACACACCACUUCUUGAUCUUUAAGGUGUCUAAAAUAUUGUUUUGGUUGGUUUUGCCGUGACAAACCAACACAGCCACACUUCUAGAAUCUGUCUAAUAUUUGUUUGUGGGGUAGGAAAAUAGGAAAAUUGAAUAAUCAGGGCAACACUGGUUUAGCAGGGGUAGGGGCUGGGUGUUUGCAUGUUGCAUGGCCGUGCGUUUUGCACACAUGUUGCAUAGAUGUGUAAUGGCAUACUCCUUGGGAUUCAGUACCCUGCAUGGGUGUUAGAUGUGAAUGCAUGUGGAUCCCACUCCUUAAAGCAAACACAGAAGCUCUGGGAGGCAAGAAACUAGUAUUGUAAUACAACCUUGAGUCGUUUCUGGUAACUACGAUACAAGCAAACUGUGUUGGAGGAGGGCAUGAGAUUGUAGGAUCCUGACCCCAUAAGGCACUGCCAGAAAUGAUUUUGCAAUGUAUUUAAAUAGUGAUAGGACAGGAGUGUCAAUUCCCUUUCUUCAUUCACAAAAGACUUGUAUACAUCGUCACAAUAUAUUUAUCAAAUAGUUUUAGAAGAGAAAUAUACAGUAGGAAAAAAAACCAGGACAUCUCAAACAGGCAAUUUGCAAUCCAGUCCUUAGGUACUCCAGACCACAUCGAAAGCAAGUGGAUUAACUCUGCAAAGGAUUGGACUGUACAUGUUCACAUGUGUCUCUUAAGGUUUGAUUCAUGGAAGUGUUUAGCUUUGCUGAAGUACAAUAGGCAUGAACCUAAUCAACAAGCAAACCAGAAGAGGCCCAAAUGCUACAUCGUGCUGGGAGAUGCAGCUUCUCUGAUAGGCAACAUCAUCAGAGGGCUACUGAGUACACCUCCAUCUCAUAGCCACUGGUCAGCUGUGGCCUUGGCCGAAUCCAGUUGAGCUUAUGGAUGAAGGGAAGAAGGAGCAGUCUCCACCCCCUUGGUGCCUCUUUGCAGCCAAUCCAUGGCUGGAGACAAAACAAUGCCCAGGAUCCUUCUGGCUACUUGCUGCACAGUGGGAUAGAUUAGGCCUGCAGAAGACAGAAUUGGCUACCUCCACAAGGUCCAAACAUGGCUCCAUUUGCUUUCAGCACUUGAAUUUGUGGAGAUUUUAAGUUCAGCACUUACUAACAUUAUCUACUUGAUGCACAGAUGUGCAGUGAUAGCAAAAGGAACAAAAAGUGAUUUCGUAAUGCACCUGCCCUGCCUCAGGCACGGUUCUCAAGGUGUUAACAAAUGGCUUUAAAGUGUUACGUGUCUGUCUCAUUUCUAGCUAGACUAAGGCCAGUAGUCCCUUUGGAAUCCCUUUAGUUUAGGGCAGUUUUGAGAGCUGUUAUCUGAUCCUAGGUUAGUAUUAAUAGUCUGCCCCUAAUCUGAGGUUCUUGAUUAAUUGGAGAGUUUAUCAUGAUCGACGCCUGUUUCACAAAAGAUCACAUAAAUAAUCCACCCAUCUUCCCAUACUUGUGUAAGAUUCAGUGUAGAUAUUAUAUGUACAAUAUAUAAUGCAUACAACACACAGUACAAUAUAUUCCACCAUUUCUCGCUAACAGCCGCAACUAAUCCCGCAGCUCUUCCUCCCCCCCCCUUUUGUUCCUAUUUUUACUCAUUCCAAUUUUCUUCACACAAUCAAGGACAUCAUUCUUGCUUUCUACGCACACUUUUUUGUGUGCAACUAGCAAAAGCAGAGCAGCUUUUCCACAAAUGGCCUCUAAGAAGGCGCAAAUAUUUCGAAAUCUAGAUUUACUUCUACUUCAGAUUUGCCCAAGAGGCUUCAUUUAAGCACACCAUGAUAACAGGAUACAAGAGAGUGUUAGAGAGACAGGAAUUAUUUGUGGGAGAAACUCCACCAGUGUCUUAACCUCUCCUGGUUUGUCCUGCUUGCUCAAGAAUGGUGCAAGGUCACGUUAUUUGUGUUAUAAUUGUAGUCCUUCCUCAGCAUACACACUUUUGGCCUCAAUUUAAGAGGAAGGGACAGCCAACAGGAAUAAGCUUGUGCUAAUUCCAGAUUUGACCAUCAUGUCUAGGGUUUACAGUCUGAACUACAGCUUCUCCAAGUUCUGGUUGAUUUUCGUGAUUGCAAAAAUGGGAGAAACUGCUGGCACAAACCCAGAAAUCAUGGCAAUAUUUGUGUGUCCAAAUCUUACAAACAUUUCUCUGUAUAUUUACAUUGGCUGCUUGCACUAAGGGUGAUCUUUCUUGUGAAUGGAUUUCCAGAGUAGACUUGAUUUUGUAUAUCCAACUCUAGGCUUCCCAAGAACAAAGAAGGAAAUUGGAUAAUACAAACUGAACAAUAAUGCAAUUGUUUAAAUACUGAUGUCCUGAGCAGCUUUUUAAGGAAGCUUUACAUUCUUUUAUGGGAUGAAAGGAACAAUUUGUUUUACAUACUUCCAGUUUUGCAAAAAUCCAACAAGGAUUAUAGUUGCCUACUUGUAUGUUUUAAUAAUGCUACCAUGUUUACAAAAAGGUUGUUUUGCCUCUUAACUUACAAUUUUGUCCCUAUGGUUGUGUCUCAACUGUAUUAUGAUUUGCCGUAUUUUUGGGGAUUUUCCAAGUGCUGAGCUUUUGAGGAAAGGAAGGGGAGUUCUUUAUACUUCCAGGAAUAAAAAGAGAUCUUUGGCUGAAGUUGGCAAGUGUGUGUGUGUAUGUGUAUGUGUGCGUAUGUGUGUGUAUAUAUAUACAUAUAUAUAGGGGAAAAGAGACAGCACAGUACUAAAGAAUAUGAAAUUGUACUAUUGUUCUGUAAAGAAGGUGAAUAGAAAUUAUUGAAAAGCGUCAGAAGUAUAGUAUUGUAUCUGUAACAAUAUUGUUCUUUGUAAACAUUAAACUUGAUGAGCUCUAUAUAUAAAUAUAUAUAUACAUAUAUAUAUAAAACUGAGAGCCUGGAAUGUUGAUACUGCACACCUACUGAAUGUAAUUUUUCAGACUUUUGUCACAGGACUCUUCCCCCUUCUCUAAUACAACAGCAGUGCUUUGGGGGAUGUUUUUUACUCUAUUUUUGUUGGCCUCUGUUUUGUUGUGAUGUAUUUCCGUGUGCUACAUUCCUUUAUUUAACAGAGUGCUAAUGUCUGUAAAAUUUACAACAAUAAAACAAAACCAGACAUACCAAAAAAGGCAUUACAUAUA